GUACUUUUCUUUCUACUUUUCGUGCAAAUGUCUCGCCACUUGCUACGCGCAAAUCGCAAUUUGCUGAAGGACUUGCGCUCCUUCUACUCCAAGGAUGUGCGCUUUGGCGCUGAGGCGCGUGCCAUGAUGAUUCGUGGCGUGGAUCUGUUGGCCGAUGCCGUAUCCGUGACCAUGGGUCCCAAGGGACGCAGCGUCAUCGUGGAGCGUCCCUGGACAUCGCCAAAGAUCACCAAGGAUGGCUACACUGUGGCCCGUGCCAUAGCGCUGAAGGAUCAGCACAUGAACAUGGGCGCACGACUGGUGCAGGAUGUCGCAGACAACACGAACAAGACGGCAGGCGAUGGCACCACCACGGCCACAGUGCUGGCCCGAGCCAUUGUCAAGGGAGGCUUUCAGCAGUUCUCCAACUGUGGCAAUCCUCUGGAAGUGCGUACCGGCGUGCUCCUCGCCGUGGAGUCGGUCAAGCAGCAGCUGAAGCAGAUGUCACGCCCCGUGCAGACACGCCAGGAGAUCGAGCAGGUGGCCACCAUCUCGGCAAAUGGCGACGAGGACAUUGGGCGACUGAUUGGCGAGGCCACAGACCGCGUGGGACCCAAGGGCACAAUCACCGUGAAGGAGGGCCGGCGGCUCAAGGAUGAGCUGCAUGUCAUUCAGGGCCUGCACCUCGACACGGGCUACCUGUCGCCGUAUUUCGUGAACACCCCCAAGGGCUCCAAGGUGGAGUUUGGCAAUGCUCUGGUGCUCAUCUGCCUGAAGAAGAUCACUUCGCUGUCGCAGAUCCUGCAGGCACUGGAGCAGGCACAGCAGCAGCGCCGGCCGCUCAUCAUCAUCGCGGAGGACAUCAGCGGCGAGGCCAUGAGCGCCUUGGUGCUCAACAAGCUGCAGGCGGAGCUGCAGGUUUGUGCCGUCAAGUCGCCGAGCUAUGGCCCCCACCGCAAGGAGCUGCUCGGCGACAUUGCCGCUGCCACGGGCGCCACCAUCUUCGGCGAUGACAUUGACUUUGCUCGGGUGGAGGAUGCCAAGCUGCAGGACAUGGGCCAGGUGGGUGAGGCCAUCAUCACGAAGAGCAGCACCCUGCUGCUGCAGGGCAAGGCUCGCCCCGCGAUGCUCAAGCUGCGCAUCGAACAGAUCCAGGAUGAGCUCGAGGAUCCAAAAACCAAGUCGGAGCAGUCGGAGCGGCUGCGUCAGCGUCUCUCCGCCCUGACCAAGGGCGUGGCUGUGCUCCACAUUGGCGGCAGCAGCGAGGUGGAGGUCAGCGAGAAGAAGGACCGUGUCACGGACGCCCUCAAUGCCACACGUGCGGCCAUCGAGGAGGGCAUUGUGCCCGGCGGUGGCACCGCCUUUCUGCGCUGCAUUGCCCAGCUGGAGGCACUGCAGCCGAGGAACAAGGAUCACCAGAAGGGCAUUGACAUUGUCUGCCAGGCACUGCGCAUGCCCAGCUUUACCAUUGCCCAGAACGCGGGCGUGGAUGCUGCCACCGUGGUGGCUCAGGUGCUCAAUGGCAGCGGGGACUACGGCUACGAUGCCAUGCGGAAUGAGUUCGGAUCGCUGCUGGCGAAGGGCAUCAUUGAUCCGACGAAGGUGCUGCGCACAGCCAUCGCGGAUGCGGCUGGCGUGGCCUCACUGCUGGGCACCACCGAGGUGGUCAUCACGGACAUUCGCAACUCGGAUUUGCUGGCCAAACUGGCAGGCAUGGCGGGAGGAAUGGGCGGAGGCAUGGACAUGGGCGGCAUGGGAGGCAUGGCUGGCCUUGAUGGCAUGUCUGAAAUGGAUGCUCUGGCGGCUCUCAGCGGCGCCAUGGGCGGAAUGGAGGGCAUGUCUGGCAUGGGAGGAGGUGGUUCCUCCUCCUCGACAAGUGCAGCGGACAUGAAUGAGUUGGUCCAGAGCAUGCCCGGCAUGGAGGAUGUCGAAGUGCAUGACAUCGAUGCCAGCAUGAUGGAGUAGUCCCCACCCUUCCCCUCCACACCUAAAACUAUCUUACAUCAAAA